GAGACGGAUCUUACAAACGAAAACAUAAGCAUGAUAUUUUUCAAUCAGUUAUUUAGUCAGUUGUGGGAUGUACAUUUCAAAUAAGUAAUUUUGGCUUUUAACCCAACAUUCACACUCCCAGUUGUAGCGAUCGAAGAACAAUACUAAUGGAUAUAGCCGAAGAAAUUGACUACGCUUGCAACUCGCGACCAGAAGUAUUAGAUGUAAAGCAUCAUUACAAAACUGUUCACGAAAAGCGAAAUGACUACGUUUGUGACGUGUACCACAAAUCAUUUACACAUUCGAAUAUUUUUAAGGAGCACCAAAAAUCAAUUCAUGAUGGACGAAAGGACUACGAAUGCGAUGUGUGUCAUAAAGUAUUUUCUCGUUCGAACCAUUUGAAGGAACACCAAAGAAUUCACGAAGGACGUAGAGACUACGAAUGCGACGUUUGCCAACGAAAAUUUACGAAUAAGUCGCAUUUAAUAAGACACGAUAGAACUGUUCACCAAAAACGAAAAGAUUACCAAUGUGAUGUGUGCCAAAAAGCAUUUUUGCGUUCGGAUUGUUUCAAGCAACACCGAAAAACAGUUCAUGAUGGAAAAAAGGAGUACGAGUGUAACACGUGUCAUAAAUUGUUUUCUAAGUUGAUCGGUUUAAAAACACAUCAAAAAUCAGUUCAUGAAGGACUAAAAGACCACGAGUGUGAAGUGUGUCAACGAAAAUUUACGUGGAAGGUCAAUUUGAUAAGACACGAGCGAACAGUUCACGAAGGACGAAGGGACUAUGAGUGCAAUGUGUGCAAAAAGACGUUUACGAGAAGAAUGUCCUUGACGAUUCAUCAAAAAAGAAUCCAUGGAUACCAAAAAGAGUCUGGAAACAAUCGGCAUUUGCCAGAUACUCGCAAAAUAGUUCACGAAGGUCAAAAGGGCUAUGAAUGCAAUGCGAGUCAGGAAGUAUUUCCAGAGCAGAGCAACGCGAAGAAACAUAAAAAAAUAGUUCAUGAAGAACAAAUAAAAUAUGUUCCAGAUGUAUGUACGGCAAAAGAUAACUUGAUUAACCACAAAGUUACUAAUGACGUCGAACAAAAUUACUUCGAAUUACAUAAUGUAUUUCGAAAAAAGUUUUGUAAAAGCCAAAUAGGGUAUGGCAGCGAUGUUAUGUUAACAAGCAAUGAGUCUUAAUUUAAAGUUCGGGUUUUACGAAUGUGCUAAACGUAUAAAGUCAUUCAAAUAUAGAGAUAUACUUCAUACACCCCGCAUAGUUUUUUUUAUUUUUCUAGUUUAUCUAAUCCCUUUCUCUAAUUCUUUUAUUUUACUAAUUCAAGAUGGCUUUUCGCGUAAAAAAGGCUCAAAGUUGAGCCAAGUUGGAGCGUAGUUCAAGUUGGUGAAACUUGAUACUGAGAACUGCAGCCCACCCUUCAAUCCACAC